AUUAUCUAAAUAAAUAACAUUUCCUAUACUCCUAUCUUUAUUUUAUGCAAUUCUUAGUUAUUUUUUUAAUGAUUUUAUUAUUUGUGAUUAUACUGAUUAUCAAUGUCCGGUAGUCGUUACUCGUUACUCGCUACUUGUCUUGCUCAGUCGUUCGCUCGCUGGUGUCCUCACCUUCACUGUUCACUAAUCACUGGUCAAUGAUUAUCACAUUUACAAUAUAUUAAAUGAAUGAUAAUAUUAUUACCACACAUCAUUUAAAUUUUACUAGUUUAGCAACUUCUAUGAAUGUAUUACUAUGUAAUUGUUUACGUAUUGGAUGACACAAAUGUCGAAUAAUCAAAUUUGAGAGGAUUGUCAAAAGUGGACACACAAACUUUCUUGCCGGAGCAAUAGUCACUGCCGUUCGUUUUGUCCCAAAAAUGUCGCAACGCAUCUUAGAUUUAUCAGCAUUGCCAUUAGAUAUCGCGGAUCCUUUUUAUUGUCACUCGUUCCCGUCCUACUCUAGAAAACUGGGUACUGACAAAGAAUUCCUGAGGAUUCGCUUCGCCCAAACUAUGAAUUUAAUCGCAAGGAAUGAGGUCGCUGAUUCAGAUCAUAUAAUCAAUGGAACUUACGCCAGCACUUUCGAUCAGAAGUUUACACUACUAAUAGAAGCUAGCUUGAACAGCCAACUAAAAAUUGUGAAGGAACUGUUCCGCAGAUUUAAUGUCGCAGUGGACAACACAGGAGAUGUAGUACAAUUUGGUUCACUUAUCAAAGGAGCAACUGCGCUUUGGUGUGCUGCUGGAUCUGGGGCCAUGGAAAUUGUCAAAAUUCUUGUUGAGAAUGGUGCAAAUGUUAACUUUCUUACUGAAACUAAGUCAUCUCCAUUACGAGCUGCCUGUUAUUUAGGACAUCUAAAUAUUGUUGAAUAUUUGGUUGAACAUGGAGCAAAUGUUAAUUUAACCAAUAUAUAUAAUAGUACAUGUCUUAUGAUUGCUUCUCAUAAUAAUCACAAAGAUGUAGUUGAAUAUUUAUUGAGAAAGGGAGCUGAUAUUAAUGUACAAACUAAAUGUGGAUCUACAGCCAUGCAUUUUGCUGCACAAGCCGAUAAUUUGGAAAUUGCUAAACUACUCAUAGAAUUUAAUGCUCAACAACUGAAAAAUCAGCAAUCUUUGACUCCAAUUUUGGUGGCAGCAGAAAGAACACAUCAUAAUUUUGUAUAUUGUCUCAUUGAUGAGAUGAGCCAAUUAAAUUUGACACGGGAAGAGAAGAUUGACGCUGAAGAGUUAUUAGGUGCUUCAUUUUUGAAUGAUAAAGAUCAUUAUGACUUUCAACGGGGAUAUAAUAUUCUAGUUCAAGCGAUGAAAAAGCGGUACGAGAAGCAUCCAAUUAUAAAUAAAAAAGUAAACAAAACAGUCGAAUGUUACAAUUACAAAGUUGAAUGUCAAACUGUACAAGAAUUAUUGGAUAUAAAAGACAACGCUGAAGCCAUACAUUUUGAAUCACUGAUAAUUAGAGAACGGAUUUUAGGAGAAAACAAUCCAGAUUUAUUGCAAUCACUCAUAUAUCGUGGUGCUGUUUAUGCAGAUGCACAAAAUUUUACACCAUGUGUACUUCUUUGGAAUCAUGCCUUAAAAAUAGCUAAUCAUAAUAAACAUAGAGUCCAUAUUGAUCUAUUGCGAUUCACACAGGUGUUUUGUCAAAUGAUUAAAAAUAAUAUUAAAAUCAAACUGUCAGAUUUAAAGAAUAUUUUACAAACUGAAUAUGAUGAAUUAGUUUUUAUUAAAAAAAAAAUAUCAUCUGCAGCUGAUUUUUCAACUGAAAAAGAUAUAGCAAAGGAUGAAUAUUAUGCAUAUAUAAGGUCUACACUUGGUUUGAUUAUUAUAACCAGUAUGGCAUUAUUUCAAAAUGAUAAUAAUGAAGAUCCGUUAGUAGGUGAAUUAAUGAAAGUUAUAGUAGAGAUAAAUAGACUUGAACUUAAAACAAAUAAAGGCCUAACAUUACUUCACUUGUCUCUUAAUUAUGACACACACAUUGACAAUAUUUUCACAACAGGAAUUUGCUGCUUUCCAAACUUUCUUGCAAUGAAAUUAUUAGUUCAUUGUGGAGCAAACGUAGAUGAAAUGGACAAUGAAAAUAAUACCGCCCUCCAUUACAUUGGUAAAUUCAUAACAGAUUUCCCUCACAUACCACACGACACUGAUUUCUUAGACACAAGAAAAAUGGUUUUGGAAUUGUUGAAUGCUGGUGCUCAUACAGAUUUUGUAAACAAAUCAGGGGAUUGUCCUUAUACGGGAUAUCUGUCGAGCGUAUUUCAUUUAACAAACAAUACGCCAAGGAGUUUGAAAUGUUUAUCUGCCUGUGCGGUCAAAAACAAACUACCAAAAUACUACUACCGAGAUAAAUUGCCCAAAAUAUUAUUAAAAUUCACUUUUUUACAUUAAGUGAUAGUCAGUAAAAUAUUUAGACAAAAAAAUGUAUUACCUUUGAUAUGAUAUAUUAGAGUAAAUAAUUAAGUUGUCAUUUUAUGCAGGUCAGCUGUAAGCAAAGCAAUAAAUGCUUACACAAGAAUAUUGAAAAGACUUCAACAUAAUACAUUUUUAUUAUGGUUUAUCUAUCCUACAUGUACAUAUUUUUAUUUUUUAUAAACUUUUUAUUUCUUAAUAUUUUUAUGAAAACAUAAAUGUACAACCAGUUUUUUACUUUGAACAUUAUUGGUUGAUUUCUUAUGAAUAUUAAAAACUGCAUGACAUAAUUUACUGAUUUCAUUAAAACAAAAGCAACAUGUAUUAUAUAGCAUAGUUAUUUAAUCUUGUAAUUAUAUGUAUAUUAUGUAUAAUUAAUAGAAAUCUAGGAUAAAUAUUGUUGAAAAAAAUUGUUAAAUACUCGUAGUUUAAAUUUAUAUUCUAUGUAUUGUUUACAUAUUUUUAUAAGGGAGAUUGUCCUAACCUCUUCAUUUACUUAAUACUGCCAACAACAAGAAUAAAACUUCAUUAAUAUUUAGCAUUUACUAUUUACCUAC